UUGUCGCUGGUGACUGGCUGGAGUGGCCGAGACAGGAAAAUGGCUGCGAGCCCCUCUGUAGUCCCGGUGGCCCUGACGGCUCCGGUGGUACAGGUUUUGUCAACGAGCGGCGAUUUCUCAAAUUUGCGAGAAAUUAAAAAGCAGCUGCUACUUAUCGCCGGCCUUACCCGGGAGCGAGGCCUACUGCACAGCAGCAAAUGGUCCGCGGAGUUGGCCUUCUCCCUUCCGGCGUUGCCUCUGGCCGAGCUGCAGCCGCCUCCGCCGAUUACAGAGGAGGAUGCCCAGGAUAUGGAUGCUUACACCUUAGCCAAGGCCUACUUUGAUGUUAAAGAGUAUGAUCGGGCAGCACAUUUCCUGCAUGGAUGCAAUAGCAAGAAAGCGUAUUUCCUGUACAUGUAUUCUAGAUAUUUGUCUGGAGAAAAGAAGAAGGACGAUGAAACAGUUGAUAGCCUAGGCCCUCUGGAAAAAGGACAAGUGAAAAAUGAGGCUCUUAGAGAAUUGAGAGUGGAGCUCAGCAAAAAACACCAGGCUCGGGAACUUGAUGGAUUUGGCCUUUAUCUGUAUGGUGUUGUGCUUCGAAAACUGGACUUGGUGAAAGAGGCCAUUGAUGUGUUUGUGGAGGCUACUCAUGUUUUGCCUUUGCACUGGGGAGCCUGGCUAGAACUCUGUAACUUGAUUACAGACAAAGAGAUGCUGAAGUUCCUGUCUUUGCCAGACACCUGGAUGAAAGAGUUUUUUCUGGCUCAUAUAUACACAGAGUUGCAGCUGAUAGAGGAGGCCCUGCAAAAGUAUCAGAAUCUCAUUGAUGUGGGCUUCUCUAAGAGCUCAUAUAUUGUUUCCCAAAUUGCAGUUGCCUAUCACAAUAUCAGAGAUAUCGACAAAGCCCUCUCUAUUUUUAAUGAGUUGAGGAAACAAGACCCUUACAGGAUUGAAAAUAUGGACACAUUCUCCAACCUUCUUUAUGUCAGGAGCAUGAAAUCUGAGUUGAGUUAUCUGGCUCACAACCUCUGUGAGAUUGAUAAAUAUCGUGUAGAAACGUGCUGUGUAAUUGGCAAUUAUUAUAGUUUGCGUUCUCAGCAUGAGAAAGCAGCCUUAUAUUUCCAGAGAGCCUUGAAAUUGAAUCCUCGGUAUCUUGGAGCCUGGACGCUCAUGGGACAUGAGUACAUGGAAAUGAAGAACACAUCUGCUGCUAUUCAGGCUUAUAGACAUGCCAUUGAGGUCAAUAAGCGCGACUACAGAGCCUGGUAUGGCCUUGGGCAGACCUAUGAAAUCCUGAAGAUGCCAUUUUAUUGCCUUUAUUAUUACAGACGGGCCCACCAGCUUCGGCCCAAUGAUUCUCGUAUGCUGGUUGCUUUAGGAGAAUGUUAUGAAAAACUCAAUCAGCUAGUGGAAGCCAAAAAGUGUUAUUGGAGAGCUUAUGCCGUGGGAGAUGUGGAGAAAAUGGCUCUGGUGAAACUGGCAAAGCUUCAUGAACAGUUGACUGAGUCAGAACAGGCUGCCCAAUGUUACAUCAAAUAUAUCCAAGAUAUCUAUUCCUGUGGGGAAAUAGUGGAACACUUGGAGGAGAGCACUGCUUUCCGCUAUCUGGCCCAGUACUAUUUUAAAUGCAAGCUGUGGGAUGAAGCUUCUACUUGUGCCCAAAAGUGUUGUGCAUUCAAUGAUACCCGGGAAGAAGGUAAGGCCUUGCUCCGGCAAAUCCUGCAGCUUCGGAACCAAGGCGAGAUUCCUUCUACCGAGAUGCCUGCUCCCUUUUUCCUCCCUGCUUCAUUGUCUGCUAACAACACUCCCACACGCAGAGUCUCUCCACUCAACCUGUCUUCAGUCACACCAUAGUGACUGCUUUCAAGCUAGCACAUUGCCAGAGCCUUACCUCCAUAUAAAAAAUGGCCAUGUCCUUCCAAGACCCCUAGCCUUUUGUUUGUACAGAUGGAAACAGCUCCUUGGGGAGUUUAUAGACAGAAGAAUCCUGGCAGGAACAGACAUUAUCUUUUGCCAGUUAGAAGCACUUCUGUCUUUCUUCUGUUCAGAGUGGCUACAGAUUUUGGACUUCUUCCCGGACGCCCAACCCGCUGCACAACAUCCCUUUAAUAGCACUUUAGCACAGGCAAGGCUACAGGAACAAAGUUUUAAUGCUGCUGGGAGUGGAAGAUUUCUUUAGCGAGGUGAGCAAGGGAGAAAAGUCUGCCACUGUACCCUCAGUUGACAGGAAGGGCACUGGAUACCCUAGGAAGGUCAGGGCACUGGAUAGACAUGAUCUUGUCCUUGGAUUUGCUGAGUGUAACUCCUCUGUCAGAGGUUGGGUUUAAAUGGAGUGAAGCUAUACAUUCGUUCUUACUCUAGGGAGACAUUCUUCCAAAAUAAGGUUUUGAAAAGUCUCUUGGAAGCUUUCAAAUUGGAAGUAACUUACUAGAGUUGGAUAAAAAAAUGGGGCAAAAGAAUCUCACUGAGCAUGAAACUUAAGGCCCCUACUGAGGGCAUAAGAUGUCUACCGAGUUAUCUAUACCUCUACUAAAGCAAAGCAAGGAGACAGCAUUACAGAUCAUUUCAUGGACAUUUGGGAAUAUCUUUGGUGACUGUACAGAUAAGAAUAAACUCACUUCAAGCUG